AUGGAUUACGAGACAACCCAAGACCAUCGGCAAGAAAUCACUACUUGUCUCAGCACCGAGGGUCAAAUGACACCUCACACCGUCGCAACCGCUCCAUUGGACGACCGGACCGUCGAUACAGGUUCCCUCUUCCAUUCCUACAGCUGUUCCAAGCUUUCCUUCCUCAUAAAAUUGGCCUUUUUGCAGAGUAUCAAAGAUCUGGGAUACUCUUUGCCCAGGGAAGACCUGAAGCGGGAAGAGGAGUCCAUGGAAGCUGCUCGCAUCCAGGCUUUGGAGACGUGGGAGCAGAUCCACGACCAGGGGUUCUCUCAUGAUCUCGAUGGCUCAGCGUACUUGAGAUCGUAUCAAUUGCGCUAG